AUGAAGAUGAGUUGCGAGAAGAGGAGCCUGAACUCGAUCGAGCUGAGGAUCGAGUUGAGGACCAGCCCAAAUGAAUGCGGAUUUGGGUUCAACAAGUGGCAAGGGAAAGCCAUGAGAAAGAUGCAAAAGUCCAUGGACAAGAUGGUGAGCAAGAUCAAGAAGUUUGGAGAAGAAGUCUCUGGUUCUUCAAGCAAGAAGAAGAAAGUCCAAGGCUCCACAUUCCCUAGGAGUAGAUCUCUUCUCACCACUCCAAGGAGGCUCCCUGCCCAAGAGCCUCACAGAGCCUCUUCAUUUGAGCCAAGGGAAGGAAGAAACAACACGCAGAGAAGGAGGAAAGUUCCAAGGCCAGACGCUCCAACUCGACCAGGACUCGAUCAGAGCUCAACUGGUCGAGUUGACCUGGAGGAGCCUUUUGAGACCCUGGAUUCGAGUACGAUCCAACACCUUACCAGGAGCUUCCUCAGAGCCGCUGGACCCUACAACCGCUUCGAGCAAGCCAUGCUCCACCAAGGCCAAGGAAGCCACACCCACUUCGAUGAAGAAGAGGGAAGAGGAGCCGCAAGCUCGAUCGAGUGA